AUGCGUCUCGAUAAGAAAGUCGCCAUCGUCACCGGUUCCUCCUCCGGACUAGGACGAGCCAUUGCCGUCCGAUACUCUAACGAAGGAGCACUCGUCGUUUGCGCGGACCUGUCUCCGACGGCACGGUCGCAGGUUCCCGAGGAGCUUGAAAUCACGACGCACGAGGCCAUUCAGCGAGCCGGCGGACGAGCCAUCUUCGUGGCUACGGAUGUCGGCGAUGCAGUGGCCGUCGAGCAAAUGGUGCAAGCGGCUGUGAAGGAAUUCGGACGUCUAGAUAUAAUCGUGAACAACGCCGGCGUGGCCCUCGAGACACGUCGGCCAGGGAAAAUUCACGAAACCGACGAAGACCUGUGGGACACGACGAUGCGCGUGAACGCGAAAUCAGUCUUCCUAGGAUGCAAGUAUGCGACAGCGCAGAUGUUGCGACAGGAACCUCAUGAAUCUGGCGAUCGGGGCUGGAUCAUCAACAUGUCUUCUAUCUGUGGAACCAUCGGGACCUUGGAUACUCCAUCAUACUGCGCCUCAAAAGGAGCAGUCAGCAACCUAACUCGCCAAGUCGCCCUAGACUACGCUGCCGAUCGCAUCCACGUAAAUGCCAUCUGCCCUGGAUAUACUCAAACGGCUAUAUUCCGCGAGGUGACGGCGAGCAACCUAAUGGCCGUGGAAGCGCUGCAGAGGAAACAUCCACUAAAAGGCCCGGGCGUGCCGGACGAUAUUGCGAAAAUGGCGGUGGUGUUGGCGAGCGAGGAUGCCAGCUGGAUGACGGGGGCAUGUGUAGCGGUGGACGGGGGAUAUACGGCUCGGUAG